GAGUUACUGCGGGAGUAUGCUGACGUGUUCAGUGAACAUGACUCGGACGUGGGUCGGACCGACCUUGUUAAGCACCAAAUUGACACCGGUGCAGCCCGACCCAUCAAACUCCCUGCAUACCGAGUGGGCGCACCCGAACGCACUCAGAUCAAAGAGGCGGUUGGGGACAUGCUUCGCGAUAACAUAAUUCAGCCCUCGGCGAGCCCCUGGUCAGCCCCAGUGGUACUAGUAACGAAAAAGGAUGGGUCAACCCGGUUCUGCGUCGAUUACCGUAAACUGAACGCAGUCACGCUAGGCGACGCCUUCCCCAUACCCCGCAUCGACGACACUUUUGACAGCCUCGCCGGAGCGCGAUAUUUUUCCACCCUCGAUCUCGCGUCCGGGUACUGGCAGGUGGCGAUGGCGGAGGAGGAUCGGCCGAAAACCGCAUUCACCACCCCGAUGGGACUAUUCGAGUUUCGAGUACUCCCGUUCGGACUCACCAAUGCACCCGCGACGUUCCAGCGGCUGAUGGAGUUGGUGAUGCGGGGUUUGCAAUGGGAACAGUGCCUGAUUUACUUGGACGAUGUGAUCGUGUUCAGUAGAUCUUUGUCUGAGCAUUGGUCCAGGCUACGAGAGGUGUUCCAGCGACUGCGAGCGGCUCAUCUCAAGCUCAAGCCACGUAAGUGUUACAUCGCACAACGCGAGGUGGGGUACCUCGGGCAUCGCGUCAGCGAGGCAGGCGUGCGUACCGAUCCGGAGAAGGUACGCGCCGUAGUGGAGUGGCCACGGCCAAGGAAUCUGACGGAGAUCAGAUCAUGUUUGGGGCUCGCCACCUAUUAUCGUCGAUUUGUAAAGGGAUUUAGCGAGAUUGCAUGCCCCCUCACCCAACUCACUUCCCCUAAGCACCCCUAUCAGUGGACGGGGGCCUGCCAUACGGCCUUCACCACUCUCAAAGACCACCUCACCCACGCCCCCACCCUCGCUUUCCCCGAUUUUACCAUCGACUUUAUUUUAGACACCGACGCCUGCAGCAGCGGGCUGGGCGCGGUGUUGUCACAGGUACAGGAUGGGACAGAACGAGUCAUCGCGUAUGCCAGCCGGACCUUGAGUGGGGCCGAGCUGAACUAUUGCGUGACCCGCCAAGAGUUGUACGCCGUGAUUUUCGCAUGCAAACAGUUCCGGCCGUAUUUGUAUGGCAGGAGAUGUCGCGUACGCACUGACCAUUAUGCUCUGCAGUUCCUUCUUACAUUCAAGGAGCCGCGGGGGCAGAUGGCCCGGUGGUUGGCGCAGUUGCAGGAGUACAACCUGCAAAUCGAGUAUCGGGCUGGCCGGACGCAUGCAAACGCGGACGCCUUGAUCGAUCUACAGGGGCCAUUCCUGCGAUCCCAUCGAGGCAACCGGUAUAUCCUAGUUGCGGUAGAGUAUUUCACCCGCUACCCCGUAGCAGUGGCCAUCCCUGAUAAAACGGCCUUGGUGGUCCGGGCAUUCGUGGAACAUUACGUACUUAAGCAUGGGAUCCCAGAACGAGUCCUCACCGACCAGGGUAGCGAGUUCGAGGCCGAGCUGUUCCAGGCACUGUGCCGAGAAUUCAGAAUCCAGAAGGACCGAACCACAGCGUACCACCCCCAAGCGAAUUGUAUGGUAGAACGCAUGAAUCAGACCCUAGCGGGAAAACUCAAACGUAUAGCGGCCGCAAAUCAACGGGAUUGGGACGAACACCUCCCCUAUGCCCUUUUCGCCUACGCCACCACCGUACACACGUCGACGGGACAAACCCCGUUUUUAAUGAUGUUCGGCCGUGAGUCUCGUUUACCCGCAGUGUCUCUACGUGGGACCAAGGAGCGGAUCAAGCGAGAGUUUGAGCGCCGGAGGGAGCAGCUGAGGGUAGAGGAGAGGGAGGCGCUGGAGCACGUGGACGAAGAGGGCCGCUCCGUGCUGUCCCGCAUCCAGGCGGACAUCGCUCGCUACGAGAGCAGAGCACGCGGCCUGGAGAGGGAGAUCAAUCAGCUGCUCGCCGCCCUCGCCGUGCAGGACCCCCUCUCCCUCCUGCAGGAUCCCCUGCAUGAGAGUCUCAGAAAGUUCAUUGUGCGCACGGACCAUGCGGCUUUGCAAUACUCCUUGAAAGUUGACCAGCCCUCGGGCCAGCUGCCACGAUGGCUGGAAACUUUACAAGAGUUCUCGUUUGACAUUCAGUACCCGAGCGUGACUCCCAGUGAGAGUGUGCUGCGCUGCUACAUCUGCCUGGGCACGUUUGUCUGCCUCUCCACGCUGAGCUGCGGACACUCAUUCUGCGUCCGGUGCCUGGAGGCCGCCUGGGAGACAGCGAGCAGCUUCAGCUUCCCGCAGUGCCGUGCGACCUUCCCUGUGCGACCCCAGGUGAGGAAGAACGUGGCCCUUGCCAACCUGGCGGAGCAGCUUAGAGUUGGAGACAGGAUGGCCGCGGCCGUUGUGUGUGACAUCUGCGGUGACGGCCAGACUCCUGCAGUGAAGACGUGCCUGAGAUGUGAGAUGUCCUUCUGUGCGACGCACUUGAGGCCUCACUUGGAGAAUCUCAGGUUGAGAGAACACCUCCUGGUGGCUCCCAUCGCGAACCUGGAGGAGCGAAGGUGUCGGGAGCACAGAGAGGAGCUCAUUCUUUACUGUGAACAGGACAAAAUCCCGGUCUGCCCAGUCUGCCCCGUCACAGGAGACCACUCCGGACACAGAGUCAUCACAGUGGAAAAAGCGCAACAGACAAGACAGGAGGAGCUCAGAGUCAAGAAAGAAGGGAGAGACGAGAAGAGGAACACGGCGGCGACAUGGACACAGACACUCAGGGAUGACUACCGGCGCGUGGAGGAGUCUGUGCGUGGGAUCAAGGCACAGAUCAGCCGAGAGUUUGAGCGCCGCAGGGAGCAGCUUACGGAGGAGGAGAGGGAGGCGCUUGAGCGCGUGGAUGAGGAGGGCUGCUCCGUACUGUCACGCAUCCAGGCGGACAUCGCUUGCUACGAGAGCAGAGCACGCGGCCUGGAGCAGGAGAUCAACCAGCUGCUCGCCGCCCUCGCCGUGCAGGACCCACUCUCCUUCCUGCAGGAUCCCCUGCAUGAGAAUCUCUGGAGGAGCUCAGUCUCCCAGGAGACUCAGGAUGACCCAGCCCCCGUCUCCCAUGGUCUGAACCUCACAAAAGUCAUCUUAGUGUGCGGCGUCCAAACUAAACUUCUGUCUUUUCUCGGGCAGCAGCACCUGAGGUCUGCGGAGCAGCCGGCUACACCUCCGGUUUCGGUUCCAAUUGGGGAAGGACAUCCAUCGUCCAGCCCUUCUUCUCCGGUCAGACAGCCUUCUCCUUCUCUGCUUCGGGAGGGGCCAUGCCCCUCAGGCCAGCUUUGUCCCGCUCCGGAACCUCCUGCGGAGGCCUCCCCCAACCCGUCUGGGGGCCCGGCGACAAAGACACGCUCAAAUUCUGACCAUGCCAAGGAAUUUGGAGGAAAGUUUGGAGUCCAGACUGACAGGCUGGAUACGUCAGUGGCCUCCUUCCAGGACAUGGAGGGACCAAACACCAACUACCAGAAGACCAGACCCGUGGAAGCAGCGAGCUCCGGUGCCCGUAACAUCCGUGCCAAGUUUGAGAACCUUGUCAAGGCCAAGGAGGAGGAGGACCAGAGACGAAUGCAGGAGGAACGGGAGAGACGCCGGGUCAAGGAUUGCGAGGAGAGGGAGCGAGCCGCCUGGCAGCAGCAGGAUGCUAUAAAGGACAAAGAGCCGGCAGUUCCUGCGGAGGUGAGCGAGGCUGCGGGUUUAUAUGCGCCUCACGGCAGCGUGCACGAGAUGCGUGACAGCUACGAUCUGGAACCACCAGAUCCAGCUUACGAGCCAGAACCUGCUUAUGAGCCAGAACCUGCUUACGAACAGGAUCCUGCCGACAACACUGUGCAGGAGAUGCAGUUGCAUCAGCAGGAGGAAGGUGCGACAGCUGUUGCCCUCUAUGACUACCAAGCAGCCGGCGACGAUGAGAUUUCUUUCGACCCGGACGACAUCAUCACCAACAUCGAGUGUCUGGACGAGGGCUGGUGGCGUGGCGAGUGCAACGGUCAAGUCGGGAUGUUCCCGGCGAACUACGUCGUGCUGCAGCAGUGAUUCCCGGGGGGCGAUGUCGUCCUCUUUUCCACUCACCAAACCUGAGCCGCGUUGGGGUUCUCCUGAGCCAGCCUUGCACCGCUCAGGAGACACCGGGUGGUUUAUCAACUGCAGAGCCCGAGCCGUCUAGAUGACACGGUGACGCUAAACUAAAACUAAACUAAAUCUUGACUUAAAGUUUUCGUGACUGCAGGAAUUCAUAUUCUUUUGGUCUUUCGGUAAAGUCGCGUAGAUAGGUAUUUUUUUUUACAAAAAACUACGACGUUUCGAUCGCAACACAUCAGAUGGAGAAAAAAAUCAUUUUUAACCCAGAGAAUAUGAACUAAACUAUUUUUAUUUCACCAGGUAAGGCCCACUAAACUAUAUAGCUAUUUGUCAGAAUCGACCUGGCAGCAAAUGAUAGCCCAACAAAGUGGCUUAUCACGUGGAUAUUUCCAGCAGCCAAAUACUCUAGAAUGCAUAUGUCUCAAUGUGGAGACAAAAACCAGAGGAUCCGGAGAAAAAUCUACACGAGCACGGGGAGAACAUACAAACUCCAAAUAUACAUGUGUCAGGGUCGGGACUGAACCCACGACCGCUAGUACAUCGGGCGAGGAAGUAAACAUGUCGUCACCGUGGCACCGGUGUGCUGACUUCACGGUGUGUUGACUGACAUCACAUCUGGAUCUGGCCGCAAUCCAGAUCCAGAUGUGAGGUAUCUCGAUUUUGGUUAUGGCUAGGCACGGCAAAUAGCUGAUGGAAAACCACCUGUACUCCGAGCCCCCCCCCCCCCCACACUGGCUCGGCUCGGAUGUGGCAGUGAAAAAAAGGUCAAAUUAAAGGCAAUAAAUCAUAUUGGUGGGAGAGUGGUGGGGGAGGAUAUUAAAAUACGAUUUUUUAGUGGUGAAAGCAACAUACCAGUGUGUUUGAAGAGUAUAGUUUAUAAUUCAUGUACAUUAUUACCUGCCAUGACAUCGGAUUAUAACUUGGAAAUUCAUAAAGGUGAUGGGAACAGAGGCUGAAAAGUGUGCAGCGAAUGUCAGGAAGAGGUGUAUAGUCCUGUAAUGCUUUGGCAAACAUUGAUCAAUAGCGUUUUUAAGCAAGGUGUUCUCGGAGGGAUUUUCUGGAAAUUUGCUGGAAAUAUUAACAACUUGAUAAAGAUCUACUGUACAUAGUAUAGACUUAUUUUGCAAACAAAUUCGGGCUCUAUCACUUAUCCACCAUGAUGAUAACUGGAAGUCACUUUUAAAAAAAUGUGUUAUGGCUCUUUCCAAAUUGUGCUUCUAUUUUUGUGAAAGAAAUAAACAAAUUUACCCCAAA